UGGACCCGCGGGGGCGGCUGGGUGCUGUUGGAGCAGGAGGCGGGAGCUGCGUGAGGGGCGAGGCCUGGAGGGAGCAGAGGCGGCUGUGGGGUUGAAGGUUUCGGCGACAGCGACGGCUAUGGCGACGACUUCCCUGCGCGUGUAAAAAGUGGAUCUGGUGGCUCAUAUGCUCAAGGAUGACACGGUCAAGAUCCAGAUCCCCCAGGUGGAAACAAAGGUCAUUAUCACCACAAUCUAGAAAUUUUGAAUACUACGAGGAAAGACAUUUCCAUGGGCAUUAUGACCCUGAAUAUAGAAAUGAUCCAAAAAGAUCCUUUACUUGGAGAAUGGAUGAUGAGAAACAUGGACAGAAUAAACCAAGGAUUCCCCCUCGUGUGAAUCCAUAUUAUCGGUCUUAUGAAAAUAGAUCACCUUCCCCAAAUGGAAAGCCUGUAGAAAAAUUUGAUACAUAUAUGCUUCACCAAGAAUAUUUCCCUGGAAGAGGGGAUGAUGACAGAAGAUCUCAGUAUAUGCCCACAUACUCAGAAAGUGCAACCUACACAGAGCAUGAAAGGGAUUGUUAUCCCCCCCAAAUGCAAGGAAGGUAUAUUCCUGAUGAGCACAGAGGUAGAGGAAGUGGUAGAGGAGGGAAGCCGCCUGAGCUGUCACUGGAAGAUUCCUUUAGAUUUGAAGAGACAUGGCAUGAAGAUGAAUCAAGACACCAGAGGGUACAAGAAGAAAGCUACCCUCAGUCACCCAGAAGAGGCUCAGAAGACUUUGAUGCCAGGAACCCUUUUCAGAAGAGGUAUCCUGAGGAUCAUGAUUUCAGGAAGUAUGGCUACACAUCAAAAAGACCUACAGAUGCCUCAAGAUAUGAAAAUAGAGAGCCAGCCAGAAUCCCAAAGUGGAAGCCUGAGCAUUCUUUUGUACCUUUCCAAGAGAAGAAUGAAGAGUGGAGUUUUGGAUCACAAAGCCACAGAUACACUGAGAGAGAAUACCCAGAGAUAAGUUCAGCAACCAAAGUAUCUUAUGACUACCGUCACAAACAUCAUAAGCUCUCAGACAGUGAGCAGGACUUUGCCGAUGGGAGGUUUCAGAAGUACUUGAAGGAAGAAGACAGAAAAUAUAGUUCUCUAAAAGUUACUGGAAAUAGAGAGUCAGAUUGUUUCAGUGGUACAAGAGGAAGAGAGAAUGAGAAUGAGCAGGCCAAUGGGCCUUUUCAACUCUACAAGAAAGACUGUAUUUCCUAUACUAAUACAAAUGUAAAGGAAGUUGAUUUGGGUCCUUGCAACGACAAAUGGAAGAAAAAACUAAAUAAAGAAGAUUGCAGAAAAGAGAGUGCCUCUUCUAGUAAACAAUUUGGUGCAAGCCCAAAACCUGAAGAGAAACGCUAUUCGUUUGUCAAGAAGAAAUCACUUACUGUUAAAGUAGAUGUGAACAAGAUACACACAUUUAGGUCUACUUCUAGAUAUUCUGCAGAGAGACAGGUAUCACAUGAUUUGGUUGCUGUUGGCAGAAAAAACGACAAUUUCCAUCCAGUAUUUCAACAUCUUGACUCACCUCAGAAUCCUGAAAACAAACCUACAGAAGAAUUUGCUCAGGAAAUCAUAACAUUAAUCCAUGAAGUUAAAGCAAGUCGUUUUGCAACAUCUGAUGUUACUUUACAUGAGCGUUUCUCAAGAAUACAAAACAGACAUGAUCCUGAUUUUGAUCAGAUGGCAUUGAGUUCAGAUCCAGAAUUUCACAGAAGAAUAGAUAUGUCUUUGGCCGAUCUUCAGAAUAAACAGACUAUGGUAUAUGAACCAGAUAAGACUCUGGUCAAAGUAAUAGAUCCAAAUGACCUACGACAUGACAUUGAAAGGAGGAGAAAAGAGAGGUUACAGAAUGAAGAUGAGAACAUUUUUCAUAUGGCUAGUCCUACAGAGAGGAAUCAUCAGUGUCCCAGUUUUUCAAAGGUGAAGACUAUUCGUGCUGAUGGAUUUCAAAAGCCUCCACAUUUUAUUAAAUCAAAUUUUAGAAAAUUUAUUCAGAAACCUUACAUAAACUAUACUAUGCAGAGAAAAGAUGCCAUUACUCAGAAGAGAUUUAGAGUUGAGGAAAAUCAUCAAAACAGAAGAGGCUCUAAAAGAUCUUUCAAGAACUUUUUGGGUGGCAGAUUCCAGCCCCAUUUUAAGUCACAUCUGGUACAGAAGAGCUUGUAUAUUCAGGCUAAAUACCAGCGUUUACGGUUUGCUGGACCAAGGGGAUUUAUUACCAAUAAAUUCAGAAACAGAUUUCUGAGGAGAAAAAAGUUUUAAUGUAAGAGCCUAUUUAAAAGGAAUACACAAUAUUGCCACAGAAAACCAACCUGGAAUUGUUGCAAAUGGAACUGACCCUAUAUGAGGACUUAACUGAGGAUGUAACUGAACAUCUCUUUGGUCAGGAAUUGGAAUUGACACUAAGACACUAAUACUGUAACUUUCUUGAUAAAAUAUAUUUAUUUUUCAGUAGUGGAAUGCUGCAACUUUUUUACACUUAACAAUCACUGUUAAUCACAAUAUUCAUUUUCAAAGUUGUAUUUAACUACAAGCUCUUUUGCAAAAACACUCAGCAGGAUUAUUUGAGGGGCAUUAUUUGUUGAUGCAUCUUUUUCUGAGUAUGUUUUCAUUGAGAGAAUUUAAUCAAGUUUAUCUAAACAUUUAUAUGUUAAAAGCUUUGUUUAUGUUAUAAGAAAAAGUAUCAGAAUUAUAUAAUGUCUGUACAUGAAAUAACUUUAAACAGUGGCCUUACAGUAGCAAAUUUUAUACUGGAUUUUCUUUUUCUGAUGACAUUUUGGCUUCUAACUUGAAGUUUUCUGAAGUUUCUGAAGAUCAAGGCCUAUGUACAUCAUCCAUUUCAUAAUCAAAUAUAAGAAGCCUAGAGAAGAGGUGUGUCUUCUCUAUCAGGUCAUGGCAAGUGCACUGAAUUGUUAGUAAUGCGUGUCUUGGGUAUUCCCAUGACUAUUUGCUCUUUUCUAGUUUCAAAUGCAAUUGUGGAAAAUAUGUAAGGAUUUUAUAAUCGCUAUUCCAUCUUUUUCCCCUCAGGGCAAGCUAGUGCAUAUUAUAUUUUUAAAGGCUUUUAAAAUCUGACAGACAAAAUUACAUAUUUGAACAUUGUACUUUACUACUAUGGUAUUACACAUUUUGCAGACACAUCUUACAAAGCAUUCUUUGGUUCAGUUGAUAGGUGUUGCAUACCUACUACAUGUAAGAUAGGAUCCAUGGGAUAUUAAAUACAGUCUGUGGGUCCAGAAACUUACUUCUUUGUUUUCUUUCCUUCUGAUUAAAAGUACAUACACAUCCCCAGCCAAAUUUUUGUGAAUUGUUUAUUUGUAAGAAAAUAAAAUAUUGUUGCUCUUUCUGCUUGAAGCUGUUA